AUGGCGGACCAGAGGGCAGCCAAACCAAAGAGGAGAAGCCGAGAGCGUACCUCGUUCACCUCUCAUCAGAAGGCGGAACUGGAGGCUCUGUUUAGCCUCACUCAGUUCCCAGAUUAUGUCACCCAGGAGUUGCUGGCCUCAAAGAUUCACUUACAAUACACCGUGGUGCAGGUUUGGUUUAAGAACCGCCGGGUUAAAUGGAGAAAGAGCAUCCAGAAAGACCAAGAAGCCGGGAUCCCAGCCCCCACCCCUGCAGCCCAGAGGAACAGACCCAGGGCACCCAGACGCCUUUCCCACAGGCGGCCUGUUCUCCCCAGAGUUUCUGAUGGCUCAGGGCCAGGCACCGGGAACCCAGAUGGGGCUUCUCCACAGGGUGAUCCUGAGCUGGACAGGCUGGUGGCUACAGUCCCCGCCUUGUCCUCUGCCCCUUAUGACAUAAGCCAGGUCAUGGAAGCCUAUGGGUGUCUGGAGGAGAGUUCCAACACGUUCAGUUGCCUUUAUCAGUAUCUCUCCCUGUCUGAUGGCUAGCCGGAGCCCCCUGCUUGCUAGCUGGUCCUGUACGGAACCACUCUGCCUCCCUGCAUCCUGCUAGCUGGUCCCGAUGAAGGCUAUCCCUAUACCACAGGAGCAGGCUAGAGGUUCCCAAAAGCCGUCAGGAUGGUU